AGAUACUCAUGCUGAUAGCAUGGCGUCGUUCCAUCCUCUGGUUAACGAUAUUAGAGAGUUAUAUCCGCAAGCGAGUUCCAUAUCCAAGUCGAUUUUUUUUUCUUCAUUAUAUCUAUCCUUUUUCGGUCUUGUUCCUAUGUUAGACAGCAUACCAAUUCGAAUUGCUAAAUUUUACAAUGGCUUCACCGAGAUGCAUUCCUGGAUACGCCCAUGAGGAUGCUUUUGAUGAUGGCUUCCUUGAUGUAAGCUCCAUCCAUACGUUAUAUUAUUCACAGUAUGGCAAGAAGGAUGGCAAGCCAGUACUCUAUCUACAUGGUGGUCCUGGCGGACAAACCGGGAAAGCCAAUACUGCUUAUUUCGACCCUGCUGUCUAUCGUGUCGUGCUCUUCGAUCAGCGAGGCGCAGGCAAGUCCACUCCAAAUGCAGAACUCCGCGAGAACACGACGGAGUUCAUCCUCAGCGAUAUCGAGGUUCUUCGCAAGCACGUUGGCAUUCCAAAAUGGCACUCCGUAUUUGGUGGUUCCUGGGGUUCUACGCUGUCGCUACUCUAUGCACAAGAGCAUCCUGAACUCGUUAGCUCUCUUAUCGUCCAAGGCAUUUUUACUGUGCGAAAGGAAGAGCUCGACUGGUCUCGACGUGCUGGGGCGGCGCGCAUCUUCCCAGACCUGUUCGAUAAGUUCAUUGACCACUUACCUGAAGAGGACAGAGACACUCCAUAUACAGGGUAUUACAAGCUGCUCACAGCCAGCGAUAGGGAGACGCAGAUCGCUGCUGCGAGAUCGUGGAAUACGUGGGACAUGUCUAUAGGAACAAUAGAAGUGAACCAAGCUAGCCUCGAAAACAUUAAUGAUGAUAAUUGGUCACUAUCGCAUGCAUUGCUAGAAUGCCACUAUUUUAUCAAUGGAGCUUGGCUAGAAGAUGGCCACAUCUUAAAGAAGAGCAAUUUGGAUAAGAUCCGCCACAUUCCAAUGACAAUCAUCCAAGGGAGAUAUGAUAUUAUAUGCCCUCCUCAGACUGCCUAUGAUUUGCAUCAAGGAUUACCUGAAUCUCGGUUGUGUUGGGUUCCAGACGCAGGCCAUUCAGCUAGUGAACCCGGAAUACACCGCAAAUUGAUUGAAAUUUGUGACGAAUACGCCCAGAUUUGAUAUCAGCCAUGACGAAUAGAGGAAUUUUGCUAUGCAUCUACGAUUUAUGGCAUUUUUACCAUGGUGAAGGUUGCCAUGUAUAGUUUUGCUAGUCAAGAAUCAAGUUUUGGUAUUGGUAAUAUUACCAUAAUUGAACCCUACUGUGCAAGCUAUGAUUUGCUUCGGAGAACACCUUCUUACGUUUAUGACGCAGCGUUGAAAUCGUUCGAGCAGUCGCAUGGAUUAUACUAGUGCAGUCAUUAUUAGGUACUAAGAAUUGUGCUUAACACACGU